AUGACUCUAGAACUGGGAAAAGAAGUGCAGAAUGUUAUUCUGGUGAAGAACCUUCCAAACUCAGCAACACCAGAUGAUGUUUCUCACUGUUUUUCUAAGUAUGGAAACGUAAUGGCAGUGUCACUUUGCAAUCUCAGCUAUCUUAAUACAUAUUAUACACUUCAAAUGGCAUAUGUCAAAUUCGAUUGCCAAGAUCCUAUCGUAGAUAUCAUUGAAAACGAUAUUGAUGUUGUAUUAGAUGGUUAUUAUCUUGAAAUUGAACCAGUCAUUGGAAACAAACUUGUCUGGAAUUCAAUUAUAUUACUUGGUGUAGGUGUUAGUAUCAAAAGACAUCAAAUCGAAGAAGCUUUGGAACAAUUUAGCUCGCCAAAGAUUUUAAUUCUUAAAAACGCCGACAAAACUGAUAAUGGCUACUGCAUUGCCGAAUUUCCAAAUCCUAAGUAUGUUAGAGCUUGUCUUGAAUGCUCUUUGACCCUAAAUAUCUCCGGUAUUCCAACAGCUGUACGCCCAUUCCCACCGCCGAUAUUCCAUUAUGUUCGUAUAUCUCCACUACCGAUUGCAUUCCAAAAUCUCAAAGGAGUUGACCAAUUUAAUGAUUUUACUUUCAAAACUCCAGAAAAAGACUUUGCAUGCUCAUCAAUGGUUGCUGCUUUUACAUGCGAUGCUAUUCGUAAGGGAAUUACUGACAAUCCUCCAAUGAAAGAAUUCAAAAUUGAAAUUCCAGGCGACUUUACUAUAAUCUACGACGCUAUUUACGGCUCAGCUGUCAAGAUAAACAAAGACAACUGCCAUUAUGUCUAUACAGUUGCCAAUAUCCUUGAAUACGCCGAACUUGCCAGAAUUGCUGGCCUCGUGUUCUAUGAACAGUUAACUCCCAGUAACGUUAUCAAAAUUUACAAUUCACUUUAUCCAUUCCCUAAACCGCCAGAGUUCAUUGUUGAAUUUUUAGCGAUGCAUCUUCAUUCUGUUCCAGGAAUUGAUACUCUUCCGAAACCUCUUCUCCACAAGGUCUUCGCUCAUCCCCUUUUCAAAGGCAUGCAAGUUGAAGAAACAGAAAAAUUAAAAUCAGAAUUUCCAAAUCUUGCUGAGAUCAUCAAUGAGGAGUCUAUUCACUACGGUAACAUCGAGAAUGACCGUGAAUUCAUUGCAUUAAAGCUCCAACAUCUCGACGAAAUGACUCAAAAAGCAGAAUUUGUUCGAGAAACAAUUCAAAGAGCCAGAACAUCUUCUGUUCUUCAAACACAGCCAAGAGAUGAAGAGCAGAACAUGGAUCAGAUGCACAACGACGACAGAGAACAGAUGAGAAGAAAUCUUUUGUUGGUUGACAAUGUUCAGAACGAUGAAGAUGAACUUGGAAUGGCUUUCGAUGUCGAUGAUGUCUUAUCAGACUCUGAUAGCUCAGUAGAUAUAUUUAAUGAUUAA